GCCAAACCCACACAUGUCAAAGCAAGAGAGAAACCAAAGACCGUCCAGCAUGGUCAGCGAGACAUCCACGGCUGGGACCACGUCCACCCUGGAGGCCAAGCCUGGACCCAAGAUCAUAAAGUCCAGCAAUAAAGUACACAGCUUCGGGAAGAGAGAACAGGCCAUUCGAAGAAACCUCAGUGUUCCAGUGGUGGUGCGGGGCUGGCUGCACAAACAGGACAGUUCUGGGAUGAGGCUGUGGAAAAGGAGGUGGUUUGUGCUUGCUGAUUACUGCUUAUUUUACUAUAAAGAUAGCCGAGAAGAAGCUGUCCUGGGGAGCAUCCCUCUGCCCAGCUAUGUGAUCUCACCUGUGGCACCUGAGGAUCGCAUCAGUCGCAAGUACUCCUUUAAGGCGGUGCACACAGGGAUGCGAGCACUCAUCUACAACAGCUCCGCAGGGGGCUCGCAGGCCGAGCAGUCGGGCAUGAGGACCUACUACUUCAGUGCCGACACCCAGGAGGACAUGAACGCGUGGGUCCGAGCCAUGAACCAGGCUGCACAGGUGCUGUCCCGAUCAUCAUUAAAGAGGGAUAUGGAGAAGGAGCGACAGGCAGUCCCCCAGGCCAACCACAUAGAGUCCUGUCGAGAGUGUGGUCGUGCAGGCCCUGGACACGCAAGGGAUUGCCCCCACCGGGGCCACGACGACUCCUUCGGCUUUGAGAGGCGGGAGCAGGAGGAAGAACGGUACCGUUCCCAGAGGGAGCCGCUGGAGGGCAAGCGAGACCGGAGCAAGGCCAGGUCCCCGUACUCACCUGCUGAAGAGGAUGCCUUGUUUAUGGAUCUACCCAGUGGUCCCAGAGGCCAGCAGGCACAGCCCCAGCGUGCAGAGAAGAAUGGCCUGCUGCCUGCUUCCUACGGCCCUGGAGAGCAGAAUGGGACUGGCCCUUACCAGCGGACCUAUCCUUCCAGGACCAACCCUGAGAAGCCCAGCCAGAGAAAGGAGUCCUGGGCGAAGGCGCAGAAGGCGGAAAGCAGAAGCCUGACUUUGGACCAGACUUUUCCUCGCCAGGGUCCCAGCCAGUCCCUGUCCUUCCCAGAAAGCUACCAGACUCUCCCCAAGAGCACCCACCACCCCUCGGGGAGCUCCUCGCCUCCUCCCCGCAACCUGCCCAGUGACUACAAGUAUGCCCAGGACCGAGCCAGCCACCUGAAGAUGUCGAGCGAGGAGCGCCGGGCACACCGGGAUGGCACCGUGUGGCAGCUGUAUGAGUGGCAGCAGCGCCAGCAGUUCCGCCACGGCAGCCCCACAGCACCCAUCUGUGCCGGCUCCCCGGAGUUCGCUGACCAGGGCCGGAGCAGAAGCAUGCUGGAGGUGCCCCGCUCCAUCUCCGUCCCUCCUUCACCCUCGGACAUCCCACCCCCGGGGCCACCCAAGGCCUUCCCGUCCCGGCGGCCACACACACCAGCGGAGAGGGUCACUGUGAAGCCGCCGGACCAGAGAAGGAGCGUGGACAUCUCGCUCGGCAGUUCUCCCAGGAAGGCCCGGGGCCACACCAGCAAGAACUCCUCUCACAUGGACCGCCGCUCCAUGCCUUCCGUGGGUUACAUGACCCAUACCGUCAGCGCCCCAAGUUUGCAUGGCAAAUCGGCUGAUGAUACCUACCUCCAGCUGAAGAAAGACCUGGAGUACCUGGAUCUAAAGAUGACAGGCCGGGACCUUGUCAAGGAUCGGAGUCUAAAGCCCAUGAAGAUCGCUGAGAGUGACAUUGAUGUGAAGCUGAGUGUCUUCUGUGAACAAGACAGGAUCCUCCAGGACUUGGAAGACAAGAUCCGGGCUCUCAAGGAGAAUAAAGACCAGCUGGAGUCGGUGCUGGAGGUGUUACACCGGCAGAUGGAGCAGUACCGAGACCAGCCCCAGCAUCUGGAAAAGAUUGCCUACCAGCAGAGGUUACUGCAGGAGGACCUUGUCCACAUCCGAGCUGAGCUCUCCCGGGAGUCCACGGAGAUGGAGAAUGCCUGGAACGAAUACCUGAAGCUGGAGCGUGAUGUGGAGCAGCUGAAACAGGCCCUGCAGGAGCAGCACAGAAAAGCCUUCUUCUUCCAGGAGAAAUCACAGAUCCAGAAAGAUCUGUGGAGGAUUGAAGAUGUCCUUGCAGGUCUGAGUGCAAAUAAAGAGAACUUCAGAAUCCUGGUGGAAUCGGUCAAAAACCCGGAGAGGAAAACGGUGCCUUUGUUCCCUCACCCGCCUGUGCCUUCACUCUCGGCUGCACCUGCAGAGAGCAAGCCGACCCCGCAGCCCAGCCCUCCCUCCAGCCCCGUGCGGACCCCUCUGGAGGUGCGACUCUUCCCCCAGCUGCAAACCUACGUGCCCUACCGACCUCACCCGCCCCAGCUGAGGAAAGUGACGUCGCCCUUGCAGUCCCCCACCAAGACCAAGGCCGGCAAUGGCGUUCAGGAAGACGAGGCACCUCCCAGGCCCCCACUCCCCGAGCUGUACAGCCCUGAGGACCAGCCGCCAGCUGUGCCCCCGCUGCCCAGGGAGGCCACCAUCAUCCGGCAUACGUCCGUGCGGGGCCUCAAGCGGCAGUCGGAUGAGAGGAAGCGAGACCGGGAGCUAGGCCAGUGUGUGAACGGGGACUCCAGGGUGGAGCUCCGGUCAUACGUUAGUGAGCCUGAGCUGGCAACCCUUGGUGGGGAUGUGGCCCAGUCCUCGCUGGGACUCGUGGGCCUAGACAACAGGUACCAGACGCUGCCAGGCAGAGGACUCUCGGGGUCCACAUCACGGCUGCAUCAGUCAUCCACCAUCGCCCCCUACGUCACGCUCCGGAGGGGCCUCAACGCCGAAAGCAGCAAGGUACCCUCCCCUAGACCCAAGAGUGCCUUGGAGCGCCUGUACUCAGGGGACCAGCAGCGGGGCCGCAUGAGCGCGGAGGAGCAGCUGGAGCGCAUGAAGCGCCACCAGAAGGCCCUGGUCCGCGAGCGCAAGAAGACGCUGAGCCAUGGAGAGCGGACGGGCCCGUCUGCGUCGCGCUACCUCAGCCCUCCACUCCCCGGGGACGUGGGCUCAGUAUGUUAG